AUGGCAACAUUUGAACUGUACCGUAGGUCCACAAUCGGCAUGUGUUUGACUGAAACACUUGACGAGAUGGUCUCGAAUGGAGUUCUCAGUCCUGAGCACGCCAUCCAAGUACUUGUCCAGUUCGACAAGUCUAUGACUGAAGCUUUGGAAACACAAGUCAAAAGCAAGGUUUCCAUCAAGGGACAUCUGCACACCUACAGGUUCUGUGACAAUGUUUGGACCUUCAUCCUACAAGAUGCUCUAUUUAAGAACGAGGAAAGCCAGGAGAAUGUUGGUCGGGUUAAGAUCGUGGCGUGCGACUCAAAGCUUCUUACACAGUAA